UCGGAGGCGGACCCACGUAUCACGACGGGGAGAACCGCAGGCUCUCCCGAGCUCGGACGCGGGGCGGCCCGCCGCCUGCAGCCCCGGAAGCGCAUCCCCGCCUCCCCUCGCCUUCCUGUUGCCGGCCGUGCCCGGCGGUGCCCGGCUCCGCUCGUCCUCAGUGUUCCAGCGUCUGCUUUGGCCCUGCCCGAGUCGAGCGCGGCAGCCAGGGCCGCAGCUGGGAUUCCCGCGCCCCUCAGACGGCCCCACGAGACUCGGGUCUCUGAAGAGUCAGCCACCGGUCUCCUGAUCAGCUUCUUAAAGAAAUCUUUCCAGGAGCAGUGUAAGGAAGACAAGCACCCCUGGGACUGGCAAAGCCACCUUCCAAGCACUGCAGCCACCAUGCCCAAGAGAAAGGCAAAAGGAGAUGCUAAAGGUGAUAAAGCGAAAAUGAAGGAUGAACCACAGAGGAGAUCAGCACGGUUGUCUGCUAAACCUGCCCCUCCAAAACCAGAGCCCAGGCCUAAAAAGGCCCCUGCAAAGAAGGGAGAGAAGCUGCCCAAAGGAAGAAAAGGAAAAGCAGAUGCUGGCAAGGAUGGGAACAACCCUGCAAAAAACCAAGAUGCCUCUACAGUCCAGUCCCAGAAAGUGGAAGGCACUGGGGAUGCCAAGUGAAUGUAUGUUUUUGAUAGCUCUCUACUUCUAGUGACUCUAGUGUUUGAAAUACUAUUUUUUUUAAGUCAAGUUUUAUAAAAAUGUAGGAUUUGGGUUUUUUUGUUUUUUUUUUAAGUUAUAUUGUUAGCACCCAGGACAUUUUGUUGUUUUUUGUGGAAAGGGCAAAUACCACUAAUAGAGUGUGUCUCAGAAACUGAAUUGAAAUGGGGGAAAAUAGUGUUUUCUGUUUUGGUUUUCAGAGACUGUUCUUGGUUCCCAGGAGAAAUUCUCUGACAUUCACAUGUUAGCCACUUUGGCACAGAAGCCUUACAGUGUGGGGAAGCCAAACUUCAUAUUCUCCUUCCCUGAUGCCAUCAGCAUAGACUUGGCCUUGCCACCCCUAAAAUCAACUGUGUUAGGUAACAAAACUGAGGCUCUCAGGUGAUAACAUUGAGAUACUGUCAUUCAAAAGGGCCAAGAUUCCAAUUUUUAGUUUAUGGAUUCCUCCUGUUCAGAACUCUGCAGGUUUUAGUUCAUUUCCUCCAUGUCAGAGUUGGCCUGUGAAAAGCUUAUACAUGCCUCUUGUGAAGUGUCCACCCUCUCUGAAAACCUUUCCUGUUCAAAGCAGCAACAAAAGAUGUUGACUUUUACAGUGACUUUUUCAGUAUGGGAGUUUGGAAGUUAUAAAAUGUUAUAGGUUGGCACCUAUGUCCUGCUGGAAGUAACUGUUUUUGAAAAGUAUUUUAUAAAGCUGAAUAUAAUUUGGCUUGGGGAGAUCAUUUCCUACCCAAAGUCAUAAAGAUAUUCUUUACUGCCUUGUAAAAGUUUUGUAGUUUUGCUUUUCACAUUUGUCUUUAGUCUGCCCUGAAUUGAUUUUUAUGACAAGUAUGAGGUAGAAGUUCAAUUUAAUAUUUUUUCCCAUAUGGAUAAGUGCUUGCUUCAGCACUAUUUACUGAAAAGUUCAACCUUUCCCACUGAUCUGUAACACUGGCUCUUUCAUAAAUUAAGUUUUUUGUAUGUGUGUGGGCCUAUUGAUGGUUUCUAUUCUGACUCACUUGUCAGUUUGUCUAACCUUGUGGCCCAACUAUACAGUCCUAAUUACUACAACUUUAGAAAAAGAUCUUGAUAAAAACCGAAAUGCCUGCACAUUUUGUCAUAGUGUUGACCAAUCUCACCUCUACCUCCAACAUUACCACUGAUUUUUUUUUCCUUGGGAGUGUCUUGGCUAUUCUUAGCCAUUUGCUCUUCCAUACAACUUCUAGGAUUACAUUGACAAGUUCUAAAUCAAACAAACCAAAAACAUGUUGAAAUUUUGAUUGUAUUUGUGUUAAAUUUAUAAAUUAAUUUGGUGAGCCAUGUCAUCUUUGCAAUGUUGUCUUCCAGUCCAUAAAUGUGGUAUAGCUCUCUAUUUAGGCUUUUUAAAUAUCUUUCAAUAAAGUUUUAUAAUUUUCUCCAUAAA